AUGUCCACUAGCAUAUGUGUGUCUGGACGGCUGACUGGCAAACAGUGCGACAAGCAGUGCGGUGCAGGCACAUUUGGAGCCAAGUGCGCAAACGAUCGCACGGCCAGUGCCUGCUGCCGCAAGAACGUGCUAGAACGGCUGCCAGGCCGGCUGGUUUGGAGAGAGUGCGACUCGGGUGUCCGCGCAGGAACAUACGGAGUGAACUGCUCUCGCGACUGUGGUCGCUGCCUCAAAACAAGGCGUGGCGGGGCAGGUGCUGUAUGUGACGCAGAAAGCCGGACGGUGGUGCAGACGCUGGCGUGUGCGAAGAGGGCUGGACGGGAGUUAGGUGCGACAAAGCUUGCCGCGGCUCCUAUGUCGUCGAUGUUCAUCAGUUUGCGGCGCCUGCGCCAACGGCUCAACGUGCAGCAGUGCGACAAGCAGUGCGGUGCAGGCACAUUUGGAGCCAAGUGCGCAAACGUUUGUGGGAGCUGUGCAAACGUGAAACGUGCAGCGCUGCCGACGGCCUGUGCAAAGCGGCGCUGCGACGGCUGUGCACAAGCGGGUGUGCUGCGCAUUCCACCGGAGAGGACUGCCGAAAGAGUGCGCAUCGUGCUCAAGCGCCUCUUGCGUUCACUGCAAAGGAUCGCACGGCCAGUGCCUGCUGCCGCAAGGAACUGCCUAGACGGCUGCCAGGCCGGCUGGUUUGGAGAAGAGUGCCGACGGGUGUCCGCCAGGAACAUACGGAGUGAACUGCUCUCGCGACUGUGGUCGCUGCCUCAAAACAAGGCGUGGCGGGGGCAGGUGCUGUAUGUGACGCAGAAGCCGGACGCGCUGCCGACGGCCUGUGCACAAGCGGGUGUGCUGCGCAUUCCACCGGAGAGGACUGCCGAACAGAGUGCGCAUCGUGCUCAAGCGCCUCUUGCGUUCACUGCAAAGGAUCGCACGCCAGUGCCUGCUGCCGCAAGGAACGUGCCUAGACGGCUGCCAGGCCGGCUGGUUUGGAGAAGAGUGCCGACUCGGGUGUCCGCCAGGAACAUACGGAGUGAACUGCUCUCGCGACUGUGGUCGCUGCCUCAAAACAAGGCGUGGCGGGCAGGUGCUGUAUGUGACGCAGAAGCCGGACGGUGUGCAGACGCUGGCGUGUGCGAAGAGGGCUGGACGGGAGUUAGGUGCGACAAAGCUUGCCCGCCAGGCUCCUAUGGUCGUCGAUGUUCAUCAGUUUGCGGCGCCUGCGCCAACGGCUCAACGUGCAGCAGCGUGAGCGGAGAAUGCCCUGCAGGCUGCCGAAAACUGCGUUCGGGAACAGCUUGUCAAACGCCAUGUGCAGCAUGCGCGUCGCCGUCUUGCUAUGGGUGCAAAGGGUCGUUCGGCCAAUGUCUGACGCCUAAAGGAAUAUGCCUGCAAGGGUGCACCGCUGGCUGGGCGGGUGCUGAGUGUCGAUACAGGUGUCCAGCUGGAACGCAUGGGGCGAACUGCACUCGUGACUGCGGACACUGCCUGGACAACAGCACGCAGGAGCCAACGACGUGUGAUGCGGUCACGGGGGAAUGUCCACUAGCAUAUGUGUGUCUGGACGGCUGGACUGGCAAACAGUGCGACAAGCAGUGCGGUGCAGGCACAUUUGGAGCCAAGUGCGCAAACGUUUGUGGGAGCUGUGCAAACGGUAAUGAAACGUGCAGCGCUGCCGACGGCCUGUGCACAAGCGGGUGUGCUGCGCAUUCCACCGGAGAGGACUGCCGAACAGAGUGCGCAUCGUGCUCAAGCGCCUCUUGCGUUCACUGCAAAGGAUCGCACGGCCAGUGCCUGCUGCCGCAAGGAACGUGCCUAGACGGCUGCCAGGCCGGCUGGUUUGGAGAAGAGUGCCGACUCGGGUGUCCGCCAGGAACAUACGGAGUGAACUGCUCUCGCGACUGUGGUCGCUGCCUCAAAACAAGGCGUGGCGGGCAGGUGCAACGCUGGCGUGUGCGAAGAGGCUGGACGGGAGUUAGGUGCGACAAAGCUUGCCCGCCAGGCUCCUAUGGUCGUCGAUGUUCAUCAGUUUGCGGCGCCUGCGCCAACGGCUCAACGUGCAGCAGCGUGAGCGGAGAAUGCCCUGCAGGCUGCCGAAAACUGCGUUCGGGAACAGCUUGUCAAACGCCAUGUGCAGCAUGCGCGUCGCCGUCUUGCUUUGGGUGCAAAGGGUCGUUCGGCCAAUGUCUGACGCCUAAAGGAAUAUGCCUGCAAGGGUGCACCGCUGGCUGGGCGGGUGCUGACUGUCGAUACAGCAUAUGUGUGUCUGACGGCUGGACUGGCAAACAGUGCGACAAGCAGUGCGGUGCAGGCACAUUUGGAGCCAAGUGCGCAAACGUUUGUGGGAGCUGUGCAAACGGUAAUGAAACGUGCAGCGCUGCCGACGGCCUGUGCACAAGCGGGUGUGCUGCGCAUUCCACCGGAGAGGACUGCCGAACAGAGUGCGCAUCGUGCUCAAGCGCCUCUUGCGUUCACUGCAAAGGAUCGCACGGCCAGUGCCUGCUGCCGCAAGGAACGUGCCUAGACGGCUGCCAGGCCGGCUGGUUUGGAGAAGAGUGCCGACUCGGGUGUCCGCCAGGAACAUACGGAGUGAACUGCUCUCGCGACUGUGGUCGCUGCCUCAAAACAAGGCGUGGCGGGGCAGGUGCAGUAUGUGACGCAGAAGCCGGACGGUGUGCAGACGCUGGCGUGUGCGAAGAGGGCUGGACGGGAGUUAGGUGCGACAAAGCUUGCCCGCCAGGCUCCUAUGGUCGUCGAUGUUCAUCAGUUUGCGGCGCCUGCGCCAACGGCUCAACGUGCAGCAGCGUGAGCGGAGAAUGCCCUGCAGGCUGCCGAAAACUGCGUUCGGGAACAGCUUGUCAAACGCCAUGUGCAGCAUGCGCGUCGCCGUCUUGCUUUGGGUGCAAAGGGUCGUUCGGCCAAUGUCUGACGCCUAAAGGAAUAUGCCUGCAAGGGUGCACCGCUGGCUGGGCGGGUGCUGAGUGUCGAUACAGGUGUCCAGCUGGAACGCAUGGGGCGAACUGCACUCGUGACUGCGGACACUGCCUGGACAACAGCACGCAGGAGCCAACGACGUGUGAUGCGGUCACGGGGGAAUGUCCACUAGCAUAUGUGUGUCUGGACGGCUGGACUGGCAAACAGUGCGACAAGCAGUGCGGUGCAGGCACAUUUGGAGCCAAGUGCGCAAACGUUUGUGGGAGCUGUGCAAACGGUAGUGAAACGUGCAGCGCUGCCGACGGCCUGUGCACAAGCGGGUGUGCUGCGCAUUCCACCGGAGAGGACUGCCGAACAGAGUGCGCAUCGUGCUCAAGCGCCUCUUGCGUUCACUGCAAAGGAUCGCACGGCCAGUGCCUGCUGCCGCAAGGAACGUGCCUAGACGGCUGCCAGGCCGGCUGGUUUGGAGAAGAGUGCCGACUCGGGUGUCCGCCAGGAACAUACGGAGUGAACUGCUCUCGCGACUGUGGUCGCUGCCUCAAAACAAGGCGUGGCGGGGCAGGUGCAGUAUGUGACGCAGAAGCCGGACGGUGUGCAGACGCUGGCGUGUGCGAAGAGGGCUGGACGGGAGUUAGGUGCGACAAAGCUUGCCCGCCAGGCUCCUAUGGUCGUCGAUGUUCAUCAGUUUGCGGCGCCUGCGCCAACGGCUCAACGUGCAGCAGCGUGAGCGGAGAAUGCCCUGCAGGCUGCCGAAAACUGCGUUCGGGAACAGCUUGUCAAACGCCAUGUGCAGCAUGCGCGUCGCCGUCUUGCUUUGGGUGCAAAGGGUCGUUCGGCCAAUGUCUGACGCCUAAAGGAAUAUGCCUGCAAGGGUGCACCGCUGGCUGGGCGGGUGCUGAGUGUCGAUACAGGUGUCCAGCUGGAACGCAUGGGGCGAACUGCACUCGUGACUGCGGACACUGCCUGGACAACAGCACGCAGGAGCCAACGACGUGUGAUGCGGUCACGGGGGAAUGUCCACUAGCAUAUGUGUGUCUGGACGGCUGGACUGGCAAACACUGCGACAAGCAGUGCGGUGCAGGCACAUUUGGAGCCAAGUGCGCAAACGUUUGUGGGAGCUGUGCAAACGGUAAUGAAAUGUGCAGCGCUGCCGACGGCCUGUGCACAAGCGGGUGUGCUGCGCAUUCCACCGGAGAGGACUGCCGAACAGAGUGCGCAUCGUGCUCAAGCGCCUCUUGCGUUCACUGCAAAGGAUCGCACGGCCAGUGCCUGCUGCCGCAAGGAACGUGCCUAGACGGCUGCCAGGCCGGCUGGUUUGGAGAAGAGUGCCGACUCGGGUGUCCGCCAGGAACAUACGGAGUGAACUGCUCUCGCGACUGUGGUCGCUGCCUCAAAACAAGGCGCGGCGGGGCAGUAUGUGAAGCAGAAGCCGGACAGUGUGCAGACGCUGACGAGUGCGAAGAGGGCUGGACGGGAAUAAGAUGCGACACAGCUUGCUCGCCUGGCUCCUAUGGUCGUUCAUGUUCAGGAGUUUGUGGAGCAUGUUUUAAGGGCAUAACUUGCAGCAGCGUCAGUGGGGAAUGUUCGUCCGGCUGUAAAGAAAAGCAGUCGGGGACAGGUUGUGAAACACUUUGUGCAACAUGCUUUGCAGAUUCCUGCUCUAGUUGCAAAGGGUCGUUUAGGGAAUGCAUGCUUCCUACCGGAACAUGUCUUGCUGGGUGCGUCCCUGGAUGGAUAGGUGCUGAAUGUCGUUUUAGGUGUCCAUUUGGAACGCAUGGCGAAAAUUGCUCCCUAGACUGCAAACAUUGUCUGAACAACACCACCCAAGAGAAGACGACGUGUGAUGCGGUCACGGGGGAAUGUCCACUAGCAUAUGUGUGUCUGGACGGCUGGUCUGGCAAACAGUGUGACAAGCAGUGCGCUUCUGGCACAUUUGGAGCCAAGUGCGCGAAAGUUUGUGGGAGCUGUGGAAACGGUAGUGAAACGUGCAGCGCUGCCGACGGCCUGUGCACAAGCGGGUGUGCUGCGCAUUCCACAGGAGAGGACUGCCGAACAGAGUGCGCAGCAUGCUCAAGCGCCUCUUGCGUUCACUGCAAAGGAUCACAUGGCAAGUGCCUGCUGCCGCAAGGAACAUGCCUAGACGGCUGCCAGGCCGGCUGGUUUGGAGAAGAAUGCCCUCGGUGUCCGCCAGGAACAUACGGAGUAAACUGCUCCCGCGACUGCGGUUACUGUCCCUUUAGUAAUAAAGGAAGUACAUGUAAUUUAGUUUCAGGAAAAUGCAGUUUUUCACUGUCAUGUCUUCCUGGAUGGAUUGGGUCUUAUUGCAACUUUUCUUGUCCCACUGGCAGCUUCGGUAUUAGAUGUAAUGGUACAUGCGGUUAUUGUUUAGGAGGAAACAUAAACUGUAAUAAUGUUGAUGGCUCCUGUAUAUACGGUUGCAUUGGCGGAUAUGCUGGUUUGGAGUGUUUAAACGACACUUUGUUGAAAAUUGCUGACAGCUGCGCAAAGUGUAGUGGUUCAUCUGGAAGCUGUCUGCUUCCAAAGGGGACAUGCUUUGAUGGGUGUGAAAAUUAUUGGUAUGGUGAAGACUGUCGUCAGACCAAUGUAACGUGUUCGUUUUGUAAGGGAGGAUUAGCUCGCUGUGAUCGUGUGAACCUGAAAUGCAUGGAUGGUUGUCUUCCUGGAUGGAUGAGCGACACUUGCUCUGUCCCAUGUCCUGAAGGUACUUUUGGUCCUAACUGCAAUGAAACAUGUAGCCCAAAUUGUUACGAUGCAUUCAAGUGUCGUAGGACAAACGGUAACUGCAAAUAUGGAUGCGCUGCUGGCUUUCAAGGAUUACAUUGUAACUCGACGUGUGAUCCAGGUUUUUAUGGGUCGGUGUGCAUGAAUCGAUGUGGAUUCUGCGGAAACCGCAGUGUUUGCCAUCAUGUCAGUGGUUUUUGUCCUACUGGAGUUGGUUGUCUUGCCGGUUAUCUUGGUGUUAAAUGCAAAACGCUAUGUCCUGCAGGUACAUUCGGUGACAACUGCAGUGUAGCCUGCGGUAGUUGUGAUGGGCAGUGCAACUGGGAAGAUGGGGCAUGUCAGUUUGGAUGCUUACCUGGAUGGAAAGGCAAACAGUGCAAUGCUCCUUGCGAUGAUGGCUCGUUCGGUCGUGAUUGUAGUGAGAAGUGCGGAUAUUGCUAUAACAUGUCUUUGUGUGAUCCUUUGGAUGGGUAUUGUCCCAAAUGUAUCCCAGGUUUUGUGCCACCUUAUUGCAAAGAGCCAUGUAAGCUUCCGCAAUUUGGAUCUCGCUGCCCCCUGGGCAUGUGGGGACUAAACUGUGACAACAAAUGUGGACGCUGCUCUGGAAGAUACUGCAGUAGGAUCAACGGCUCAUGCACUUAUGGAUGUGAAGCUGGAGCUAUGGGACCCACCUGUGAGGAAAACUGUACACGCGGUUUUUAUGGUGAGAACUGUGUAGACGAGUGUGGCAGAUGUAACGUAACCAACAGCAGCACCUUUGUCUGCGAUCCUGUGUCUGGAAGAUGCCCAUCGGGCUGCGAAAGUGGAUGGGUGGUGAAAACUGUCGAGAUGACAUUCUAGUGAAAGAAGGCGCCAUCAUGCAUUCAGAAGAUUUCUAUGACUUCACACGUGAUUUUAUCAUCGCAGGCAUUGUGGUCACGUCCAUUUUCUUUGUAUCUGUUAUUGCGUUUAUCCUGUGGAGAUGGUCACAGCCCAAGCCAGAUUUCU